AGUAACCAAGACUGAUUGUAGUGAAGAAAAGUCACCCAUUAUGUAGGCUGGAUGUCGGCUCUUCUUCUAUUAAGGGUAGGACCUGACAGAACUGCGUUGGUGAGUACAUCCUAGUAAAGCGAGAAGACCAUUUUCCUUAGCACGGCCUGCCACUAGGGAACAUUGAAGUAGCACAUUUGCUCAUUUCUCAGUUUUCCAGGAGGUGUCGAGGGCGUGGCGGGCACAUGAACGAGCCCGCUGAUAGUGACAGAGGAAUUGGAGUGUGAAGAACGACCAACUGCUCGAUCAAUAGAUCGUUAGAUCUAGAAGACAGGGCGAAUUAGGAAGUAGGGGCAAAAUUUGUUGAGGGUAAAAAAUGUCGACGCUAAAGUCGAUAGCGAGGUCGGCAACCGUGGCAUUCGCGCCGACGGCAUCGAUUAUGGCAGUCGGCACGAUGGCCGGAGCUAUCGAUCCUUCUUUCAGCUCGUCAGCGUCUCUGGAGAUCUUGCAGCUAGAUUUUGCAAAUACCGAAGAGGAGCUACCGGUCAUAGCUUCGUGCCCGACAGCGGAGAGGUUCAAUCGUAUAUCUUGGGGAAAUAACGCUGUAGCUAGCGAGGAGUACGCCCUGGGAAUUAUUGCUGGAAGUUUAGUAGAUGGGACCAUCACGCUUUGGAAUCCCGCAAAACUCACCAGUGAAGAUGGUGGAAGCCCGGAGGAAUCUGUCAUUGCAAGUUGGCGGAAGCACGAAGGAACUGUACGGGGCUUGGAGUUAAGUGUCUUAGCACCAAACCUUCUUGCUUCUGGAGGCGAUGAUGGAGAUAUAUACAUCUGGGACCUCAAAGUCCCCACUAAUCCAACUCACACUCCGAAUUUAAACAAUGCAUCACCUCGAGGCGAGAUUUCAUACCUGUCUUGGAACCGGAAGGUCCAGCCUAUCCUUGCAUCGACCUCUUCAAGCGGGACUUCUGUUGUUUGGGAUCUGAGGAAAGCAAAGCCAGUUCUCAGUUUUACAGACCCCGACAUUCGACGUCGUUGUUCAACUCUACAAUGGAAUCCCGAGAAUGCGACUCAGCUGAUUGUGGCCUCCGACGACGAUCGGUCACCUUCCCUGCAGGUUUGGGAUCUACGUAAUUCAGUUUCUCCAUUGAAGGAACUUGUUGGACAUUCGAAAGGUGUACUGGCUAUGGCCUGGUGCCCGAUUGAUAGUUCUCUGUUGUUGACAUGUGCCAAGGAUAACUUAACGCUUUGCUGGGAUACGUUCACCGGGGAGAUUCUAUGCGAGCUUCCAGCCAGAACCAAUUGGAACUUUGAUGUUCAAUGGUCACCUCGCACCCCCGGUGUUUUAUCUACUUCCUCUUUCGACGGAAACAUUGGGAUCUACAACAUUGAGGCCUGCAGUCAGACACCAUCAAAUGUGACUAGUUUUGGUCAUACCAUCAAGGGUACCAAUUCUUCUUAUGCCAAGAAGGCGCCCAAGUGGUUGAAGAGACCAGUUGGAGUCAGUUUCGGUUUUGGUGGCAAGCUUAUUACAUUUGGUCCUUCCAAGAAGACUGUUCCUGGAGGAUUUGGAACCUCCUCAGAGAUCCGGUUGCACAGUCUCGUCACAGAAGAGGAUCUGGUGAAGCAAUCUACGCAGUUUGAGACUGCAAUAGCAGAUGGAGACAAACCAGCGAUGAGGCAAUUCUGUGACUUGAAAGCAGAAACGGCCAGGUCUGAUGACGAUCAACAAACCUGGAAAUUUUUGAAAGUUAUGCUUGAAGACGAUGCUCGAAAGAAGUUACUCGCCCAUCUCAAUUUUGAUGUCCAACCUACCGAAAACGAUGACGACAGACGACCAGAGCAGAAACCCGAUGGAAGUGAGGAUACAAUUCCUGUUGAUUCUGAGAGCCCGGAGGGAGAUUGUGAACCAUCUCCAAGCCCUGUGGAUGAGGACGUUCAACAAGCAAGUGAAGCCGGGGAGGACGACUUUUUUGAUAACAUUCAUACACCUAAAAAGUCUGACGGUGUGCCUACUGGUGGAUUAAGCGACUUAACUCUGGACAGUGAUAGAAUUGAAGUUGACAGCAGCCAGAGCCCGGCAACUGAAGGAGGGGAUGUAGAUCAUCUAAUCGAGUCGGAGGAAGCAAUUCAGAGAGCACUUGUUGUUGGUGAUUUUGCACUAGCUGUCAAACAUUGCAUGACUGCAAACAGGAUGGCUGAUGCCCUCAUUAUCGCACGUCUUGGAGAAGCCACCCUUUGGGAGAAGACUCAAAACGCCUAUAUCAGGAAGACUGGUCGAUCGUAUCUCAAGAUAAUGUCUGCGAUAGUCAAUCACGACUUGAAGGGUCUGGUGGAGACUAGGCCUUUGAUGGCCUGGAAAGAGACACUUGCCUUACUUUGUACUUACGCGCCUUUUGAAGACUGGACGCAACUAUCAGAUGCUCUGGCAGCGAGACUUGACGCUGCAGGAGAAAUCCAAGCUGCUACCCUGUGUUAUAUCUGUUCUGGAAAUAUUGAGAAGGUGGCUGAGAUCUGGUCCCGCAGUUUAGAGACUGUCAAUGGAGGAAAGGUUUUUGUCGAUUCUUUGCAAACUUUGAUGGAAAAGGUUGUGAUCCUUAGCCUGGCAACUGGUCAGAAAUUUAUCAGUGCUUCUUUAGCUAGGCUUGUCAAAAUCUAUGCCGAGUUGCUCGUAAGUCAAGGAUUGCUAGUUACAGCCAUGGAGUAUCUCUCUCUCGUUCCUGCUGACCAGUCAUCGCUUGAGUUGUCUAUUCUACAAGACCGAAUUUAUGGUAGUGGCAAAGUUUCUGAUGCCAAAGCCGAAGCUCCAACCAUACCUUGGGAAAGACAGCCACUACAAUUUGAAGCCCCUGCAGCAACGGAGCCUCUACAAAACAACUAUCCUUCGGCAUCAAGCAAUGUUUCACGUGAUUACCAGGCCUUCGCAACUCCUCCUAGCUUCCAACCUCAACAACAGCCAGCUUAUGGGGGAAUGACGGCAAACCACGCAGGAUAUUAUCCGUCCCCAACAUUGCAGCCUACGCAGGCACCUUUUGUUCCUACACCAGUCAAUCCACCUUCAGUUUCUCAAGUGAAGGGGUUUGUUCCAAUGGCUCCACCGGCAAUUCCGAAUGUGGAACAGUACCAGCCCACUGGUCAAAAUCAGUAUUACACGGGAAGCAGCAAUGCACAGUCCUUUACACCAAGUCAAUUUUCUCAACCGUCGUUCACACCAGCUCCCCCUUCGGGAAAUUAUACGCAAGUACCACAGCCAAUGACAUUCACUCCAUUGUCACAACCUCCAUUUUCUGCAGUUGCACAAACCCCAUCAUUUGCGCCAGCACAGCUCCCGAACAUGAUGCUUCCUGGUCCAGCUCAACCUGUCACAGCUCCUCCCGCUGUUCAAGGAUUUAUGCCCGCCAGCCCAAGAACGCAGCCACUUUCCUCUUCAGGUAUUGUUCCCGGUAGUCAGGUUCAAAGUCCGCAAACGACUAGUUCCCCGUCACCAGCGGUCGCCCUAACUCCACCUCCAACUGUUCAAACCGUGGAUACGUCGAGUGUAUCUGCUGAACUGAAACCGGUGGUUGCCACGUUAACGAGACUUUUUCAUGAAACUUCGGAAGCGAGUGGAGGCGCCCGUGCAAAUCCCGCCAAAAGGAGGGAGAUGGAGAAUAACUCAAGAAGACUUGGUGCCCUUUUUGCGAAGCUGAACACCGCAGACAUAUCAGCAAACGCCUCCUUGAAAUUGAUACAACUGUGUCAGGCUUUAGAUGCUAGAGACUACUCGUCUGCAUUGCAAAUACAGGUUGGGUUGACUACAAGUGAUUAUGACGAGUGCGGUUUCUGGCUUCCUACGUUGAAGCAAAUGAUCAAAACUCGUCAGAGCUUGAUGAGAUGAUAUUGUGGAUGAGAUCAGAAACCUCCCCGUCCCCACCUCUAAUGAACUGCACGUUGUGAGCUUUCUUUCGACCUUUAGGACGGUGAGAAGAAAUGUGUAUUGGAAUCGUCCCCAGUGGCUCGUUGCCCUUUUACCUUUGAUGGAUUUCUUGGCUGUAGGUCUGCUCUAGAGAUCAUGAAAAUCAAGAUAAUAUCAGUUGGAUGAAUCUCCAUCAUGGUAAUUUGCCUCUGAGUUCUACUUGUCUAGUGAGAGUUCUACCUAAAUAUUUGUCAUAGCUCAACAUGCAGGGUAAUAAGUCGUGAAUAUCCUCGAGGAUGUUUCUUCUGAAUUUUUGCACAUUUGUGUAGUUUCUCAUGAGGACGAGCGAUAAAGUUGUAUCCUUUUUCUUACAACUUUGAAACGAGAUCGUCUUUAUCACCUUUCGAAUUUCAGACGUUCAACUUUGC